UAAAUUACAAACUGAGAGAAGGGUCUGAGGAGUUACUAAGCUUUAGGAACAGAGGAGCUAAGUACUGGGUCACUGAGGCUUCUACAGAGGGGCAGUUUUUUAGACAUCAUUAGACCAGGUCUGUCCAUCACUAUAUAAAUCAUUAUUGCUUCACCUGAUUGCACUUAUCUAUCCUCCAUAUCAGCUCACUCUUCCUGUUUACCUGCUGUUUGCCCUUCUGUUCUGUCUGAUUUCUGCAAGGAAUUUGUUCCCUUAGACUUUCAGGGAUAGUAACUUCUCAUCAGGACAAGGAAGGACAUGUUCUCACCCUGAGGCUAUUUACAGUCUCAUAAUGACCCAGAGACCCUGGGAACUUUGUAUUUUCUAUUAUUUAACAGCUUGUUCUAGUUAAGCUGACACAGAAUAAAGACUGUUCAGUAACAAGGUAAACAUUAUUAUAAUUUAUUUGUAGAGUGCCAACAGAUUCUGCUGCGCUAAACAUGAGGUCUUUCCUAAGUUUGUGGACAAUUCUUCUGCUUUUGCUGGUCACAUUGUCUGCUGAGACGGAACCAUCACAGGAGAGACAACUACCUACUGAAAUUGUUACAGAAAAAAAGCUUAAAUCAAAAGCUGAUGGAUCUGAUACAGAAGCAAAGAUCAUUAUAGGAUCCCAGGAAUCUUUAGCUAAGAAUGAAAUCCUAUCAGGAUCUCAUGUAUCUGUUCUUGAGGAGAUCUUCCCAAAACAGAGAUCUAGUCUCUGGCCAUCAGCACAGGGAUCUAGUGUCCAGCCACCAGCACAAGGAUCUAGUGUCCAGCCAUCAGCACAAGGAUCUAGUGUCCAGCCAUUAGAACAAGGAUCUAGUGUCCAGCAAUUAGCACAAGGAUCUAGUGUCCAGCUAACAGAACAGGGAUCUAAUGUCCUGAUAUUGUCCGGUCCAGCAUUAGAUAUAAAGCAGGCAACGCCAGACACAACCACCAGAUUUCAGGACACUGAAGAUAUUAGUACCAGUCAUUUGUCUGACGAUGUUACCAAGAAGCUGACUGAAACAAGACAGUUUUUCUGCCCUGGAAACCAAAUCUUGCUGCAGAGCACUCUGACUUGUGGGUGUCCAGCUGGCUUAUCUCUCAUUGGUGAUCAGUGCACCUGCACUUCUGGGUACACACUGCUGCCAGGACACCUUCAGUGUACAGAUAUUGAUGAAUGUGCUGCUGCAGACUCGCCGUGCGGAUUAUACUCCAAUUGCACCAAUACACUGGGUUCCUUCCUGUGCCACUGUCAUCGUGGCUUCUUAAGGGGUCCAGACGGUUGUGCAGACGUGGAUGAGUGUCAGGUGGCAGAAGUGACCGGCCUGCAGGCGUGUCCCCCACAUUCCACCUGUAAAAAUACACCUGGCUCCUUUACCUGUACCUGUAACAAAGGCUUUGUGCUGGGACUGGGUGGGAGCCACUGUGUGGAUGUUGAUGAAUGCGCCUUUGAAGACGAGUGCAGGCGCGAGAUGGGAAACUUGUGCGUGAACACUGUUGGGAGUUACCGCUGCAGCUGUCAGCUGGGGUUCCAAGAGUCUGGACAGGCCUGUGUAGAUGUGGACGAGUGUGAGAGGGAUCCUGCUAUCUGCUCUGGGCAGGGCGUCUGUGAGAACACGCCGGGAAGCUACAGAUGUGGUUGUCAAGCCGGCUUUCAUGGCAACGGGACUUACUGCGAAGAUGAGAAUGAGUGCAUCUCUGGCAGACACGGCUGUGACACCAAUGCCCACUGUGGGAAUAUUAUUGGCUCCUACUUCUGCCAGUGCUACCAGGGCUUCAUCGGAGAUGGUUACAGCUGCUUCGAUAUUGAUGAGUGCUCUCUAGGAAAGGGGGGUUGUCACCAGCUUUGUAUAAACCAGGCUGGGAGCUACAGAUGCCAGUGUGACCACGGCUACCUGCUGCAAGAAGAUGGCAAGAACUGUACAGAUAUUGAUGAGUGCGAAUUACACAACGGUAACUGCGAGCAGAUCUGCACCAACACCAACGGCUCAUACGCCUGCUCGUGUCGUAAGGGAUUCCAGCUUCACGUUGACCUGAGGCGCUGUGUAGAUAUUGAUGAGUGUAAAAUCGAGAACGGGGGCUGCUCUCACACGUGUAACAACACAGAAGGCGGAUACAUCUGUCUGUGCCCCCUGCAUCAAGCCCUGGCCAAGGAUCGCAGGACCUGCAUCAACAUCACAUCAUGUCAGCUGAAUAACGGCGGCUGUGACCAUUUCUGCACUGAGCGUCAGGAAGGAGGAUUUGAAUGCAGCUGUCGACCAGGCUGGGUCCUCAAUAGCAACAGAAGAACUUGUGAUGAUUUAGAUGAAUGUGCUGAUUUUACUCGCGGAGGCUGUGAACAGAAUUGUGAUAACUACCCUGGAACAUACAACUGCAGCUGCUUAAAGGGCUUCAUCAUCCGCUCUGAUGACUCCACUAAGUGCCAGCCUGUGUGUAACCCACCGUGCCAGAACUCUGGGGUUUGUGUGGCACCAGAUACCUGUGACUGUCCUGCUGGGUACCCAGGACCGGGCUGCUCAGCAAUGUGUGCACCCCCUUGUGCUCACGGAGGUACGUGCAUGCGCCACAACAUGUGUCUGUGUCCGAGUGGAUGGGGAGGAUCCGGCUGUCAGGCAGCGGUGUGUGAGCUGUCCUGUGCCAAUGGGGGGCGCUGUGUUGCUCCUGACACCUGCCAGUGCGCAUCAGGCUAUAGUGGCGAGCAAUGUCUGACACCGCUCUGCUCGCCACCGUGCCAAAACGGAGGCAAAUGUAUUGAUGUCAACAAGUGCGUAUGCCCCGUCGGGUGGCUUGGUGCCCGAUGCCAGAUAGAACCUGUACGCUGUGAGAAACCCUGUGCGAAUGGAGGGCGCUGCAUUGGCUAUAACUCCUGCCGUUGUCCAGCCGGAUUCCUGGGAUCACAGUGUGAGACAGCUGUGGUUGAGCCUUGUAUUCCCCCCUGCCAGCACGGAGCCACCUGCAAGCAAUUCAAUAAGUGUCAGUGUGCCGAAGGUACUGCAGGACACAGGUGUGAGAAACUGACUUGUCCUAUAGUCACGACAAAGCUGAGCACAGCACGAGCGACACGUCAGGGGGUGAGGGAAAGCUAUGUGGAACGAUGCGGUCCUCUAGGAGUCCAGCUAUGCACCAAAUACCGGAUCAACCAGGUACGAGUCUACGUGCAAGCAUAUGUGGUGGGCUACAAAAUCCAGUGUCCCGCUAAACAAAGACCAUGAGAAGAAAUGACCUGAAAUAUUAUUCCUAAUUUACAUGCUAAAUAUGUAACAAUGUUUAC